AUGGCAGAUAAAACCACCGUCGACAACCCCGAGGUAGGAACACUAGAUACGUUUUUAUUGCAAAAUACGGCUGAAAAUACGGUAGAAAAUACGGGUCAAAACGAAAUAAACAGUACUAAACCUGAUAAAGCAAGCCCAGAAACGGACGAAAAUACUCUGUCUGUCUCGACAAACGACCCAUCCUCUCGUCCCAAAAGAUCAGUAAAACCCACCGAAAAGUCUAUCGAAAACAGGGUUCAGUCUGAUCAUUCAAAGCUUGACAAAUUGUGGCGAAACACGUCAACUGCUGUGGGCAAAUUGCAAGAAACACCCGAUUUGCUAAAUCAAAUAAAAUCCCAUACGUCAAAAGUACGUUCGCUAUUCCACGAGUACCACGCUGUUUCUUUGUCGCUCUUAGAGUUUCUCGCUAACCUCAGCGACCCCAAACACCAAAAAGAAUACGAAACAUUGCAUAAACUCGUAAAUAAUCGUAGCGAGUACAUUCGUACAGUAAUAAACGAAGCAAACGAGCGGAAAAAGGAACUUUUGCUUGAAAUUAACUCUGUCCACCAUUCCCGAAUUUCCCGUAGUUCUCGCAGCUCCGCAACAUCCUCCACCGCCGCUCGAGCUCUUGCAAGAGCUGAGGCUACAGCGGCACUAAAGAAGGUAGAAAUGCAAAAAUGGCGAUCAUUGCGAGAGUCCCAGUCUGCCAUGGAAAUACAACAACAAGAACUUGCCCUAGCCCAAAAGAAAAUGGAAGAGAAAUCCCGAAUGGAAAGUUUGCGAUUAGAAGAAGAAGCAGCAGUCGCCGUUGCUAAAGCUCAGGCAAUAGAUAAAGAACUGAGCCUCGUAGAUCAUCAAGAUCCCGAACACUUCGACCUACCCCAAGACGAUCCUGCGGAAAGGGUCCAAAACUAUAUAAAUUCGCAACGCUUCGAAGAAUCUAACAUUGGCCAAGACUCUAGUCCCCCUGGUCCAAAUCAUGUCAUCAGUCCACAACUCCCACAGAAUACCAACCAUCCUAUACGAGAAAAACCACUCAACCGAAGACUAGACCCAGCGGCCAACUCGUUUAUCCCUCAACCACAGAACUCUCGGACAGACCCCAGUACAAAUGCUAUAAGCUCUUACAUCCAAUUCAUGGCACGCAGAGAGCUUAUCGCUAAUAAGAUUCAGAGAUUUGACGAUAAUCCCAGAAAUUUUUACGGUUGGAAAGAAUCCUUCAAGAAUAUGAUACGAGACAUUCACCUCUCCCCUAGCGAAGAGCUAUCACUCAUCAUAGCGUAUACCAGCAACGAAUCAAAGAAACUUGCUCAACGGCUUCGAAACGCAUAUAUCAACAAACCCACUGAAGGCGUGGAGAUACUAUGGCAAAAACUUAGCCAGCGGUUUGGUUCCAACGCGGUUAUAACUGAAGUACAUUUGAACAAACUGAAAGAUCUGCCGAAAAUCGGAUUUAGAGAUAACAAGAAACUCCAAGAACUCGGAGAUUUGCUCUUAGAAUUACAGUGUGCUAAGAACGACGGCGGAUACAGAGGCCUCAGAAUCCUCGACGAGCCCGCUUACAUUAAACCUGUCAUUGCAAAGCUCCCUGGCGAUAUCCAAAGCAGAUGGCAAAAGCACGCCUUUCGAUAUAAGAAACAACACGCCGAGGUUGACUACCCCCCAUUUUCCGAGUUUGUCACCUUCAUCCAGGAGUUGUCCCUCGAAAGAAACGAUCCUAACCUGAUCAUAGAGAUUCCCGAGAAGAAGAACACAGGUAUGCGAAACCCGAGCUGGCGACAAGAAAUUAGUGUAAAGAAGACUGGGAUCGAGGCCCAAGAUCGCAGAGUCGGACACGAUCCCCAACCUCGUAACCCUACGAACUGGUGCAUUGUCCACCACAAAGGGCACCCACUAAGCAAGUGUAGAGCUUUCCAAGCCAAGCCACUCGACGAAAGAACUACAAUACUAAGAAAGAACAGAGUAUGCUUUCGCUGUAUUGCAUCGUGCGAUCACCUCGCGAAGGACUGCAAGGCCAAGGUCGUGUGCACCGAAUGUGGAAGCAACAAACACCUCGCCGCACUACACGUUGACGGUGAGCAAAGGCACGGCGGGGAGCAGGUAGCAAAUAAAGACCAAUCCGAUGAUGGCGCUAACCCUCGACAAAACCAGCACGCGGGAGAGAUUACAACCAAAUGCACCGAAAUAUGCGGGAAUUCCCCCGGUGGGAAAUCAUGCUCAAAAAUCUGCCUAGCCAACAUAUACGUCACCGGACAUCCAGAAACCAAAGUGAAGGCGUACGUGGUAAUCGAUGAUCAGAGUAACAGUUCUCUAGCAAAAUCCGAACUGCUCGAUCGCCUAAACGUUCACGGUCAAGCAACCUCGUAUUCGCUUAGAACAUGCGCCGGAACAACUCAGAUUCGAGGAAGAUGCAGCAAAGAUCUUGUCGUAGAGUCUGUAGACGGUAAUAAAAAUCAUCAGCUGUCGAACGUCAUCGAAUGUAACGCGAUCCCUGAUUCUAAAGAAGAGAUACCUUCGCCAGAGGUAGCCCGAGCUCACCCACAUCUACACGAAAUUGUUGACAAAAUACCAGAGAUCCGCGGCGACGUAGACAUCCUACUGCUCAUCGGUCGGAACGCCCCUCCACUUCAAAAGGUUCACGAAUCCCGUAACGGACCUAGAAACGCCCCUUGGGCCCAGCGUCUUGAUCUAGGAUGGGUCAUCAUCGGCAACGCUUGCCUGGACGGAGCUCACACACCGAAGCCUUCCUGCUACAAAACAAACGUUCUCGAAAGCGGCCGACCAUCAAUCCUUUCACCCUGCCCUAAUCGUUUCCACAUCAAAGAGUACACAUCCACCGUUUCUGCCGUCCCCUGCGACGAAAACAAUCAUCAAAGGAAAGAGACAUUCGAAAACGGAAACUUUGACGAUGGCCUAGCAGCCAAA